AUGAAAGCCGCCUAUAACCGACCUGUGGUGUGGGUUCGGGUGUUCAUCCUGAUAGCAUCAUUGCAAUGUUGUCGGACUAUAUUACUUGAUUUGUGGAGUGGUUUCUACAACAAUCGAUAUUGGUUCCUAUGUAGAUAUUUCUAUCUCGGUGUUGUUUCUCUAACAUUCGCAACAACCGCAGUGAAAUUAUCUACGGAUAUGACGAGCCCGGUGGACAUAACAGCCAAGUUUGGAAGCUUGGCUUUUAUGUGCACAAUGAUCACAAACAUCAUGCCUUCUUUGGCGUCCAAGGACACCAAAGAACUUCUAUCAAUCGUGAUAAGGUUUGCUAUUCUCAUAAUCACUAUCAACGGGAACACUUGA